CUCGAAAGAGAAUCUGCAACAAAUGUUCGUGGUAGGUGUUUCCUUGAAAGGGGACGAUGCAGUAUUGAGCGGAGAGCACUAAAAACAGAACCGCUUACCUACACGGAAAGUUGAACCGCUUACCUAUUUUCAUUGGGGUCGUCCAGGCGGGUUCUUCAGCUGAAAGGGCAAGCUCGCCUCAGUGUUCCCUGUUCUCGGUUGUUUGAAGCUCUGACUUCAGUAGCAACAUACUUGUACAAUGCCGAACGCUGGAAUGCUUGAUCACGAUGCGCUGCAGAAGUCGCAUCCGCUCGCACCGCCAGCGUGGAUGCCCUCGUGGCCCACGCGGGGCUUCGGAUAUCGCAUGCAGUCGGCCAGACCUCGCCGCCACACUGUGCAAACACCCAGCGGCUUCGGACAGAGCGGAUUCUCACGCCACCUCACCGGCAGCAACAAGCAACAACAGCAGCAACAGAACUCGGAGCAACAACAGCAAGCGUCGACUUCGGGUGCUGAUGCGGCGGACGUGUCCGGCACAAUGGACGAGGUGACAACUCCGAGGCGGCGGCCGUUCUCCGCACCUGCUGAGCUGCAAGCGGCUGGCGGUGACUCACCAUCGGUGCUGCCUAUCACACCGUUCACCACCCGGCUGCUGACCAUCAGCGACAACGACGAGCAGAAGUCGGACAUGAGCAGCGCGCUGUGGACGUCGGCGUGCGGGCAGCGGCGACUCAAGGGGCCCAACGACGUCAAAGCGCCAUUCCACACCAUGCAGAAGGUCACAUGCGGAAACUACUUCUCCCGGAGCACCGACCAUCGCAUGGUGAAGUUCGGAAUUCAGCCGGUCAACACACCACGCUGGAGGUCAGAGGGCAAACGCCGAGCUUGAUACUAGUAGUUGAAAGCAACUUCAGAGUAGUUUUUUUAGUAGCUGAAUCAUAAAAGUAAUGAGUUUGAUGACAAAUGUUACUUGACAUGCUUCAUGGCAUGAAUUUGAGACGAUAAUUGAAUUGCCCCAUACUGUAAUACAUAAUGAGGAAUGUUGUCUGAAGGUUGACUUUUGUACAUAACUUCAGUCCAUACUAACUGUCUUGUCAUUGUAUAUGGGCAUGGUGGCACAAUGACUCACGGCAAGGUUACAGAGGUGGCACAGGCAAUUCAUGUUUAGGCUUUUCGCUAAAACGAGAGUCUCUACCACAUGCCGCCGUGAAUGAAGUCCCAGCCAACUAGUCAAUGGUCACUGCUGCAAUGUUUGCCUGGCCUGAUUUCAUUUCCUUUUCCGAUAUUGCAUUAUUGGUUUGUGCGUGCUAGCAAGAGGACGUACAAAGCAGGGAGUAGUAAAAUAUUUACUACUCCCUGGUACAAAGUAACCUCCAUUGUAAUACUAGUACUAAGUUCUUGAUGCCAGCAAGCGCAGAUCUGGUCGUCAGAAGCAGCUGAAUUAUAGGUUCUUUGCAGUCACUGAAAUGCCAACAGCAAAAAAACCGACAUAGGCUAGUAUAAUACUUGAGUUUGGUAGAUCAAGGAGCACACUGGCCAAGUAGUCGGUCAAUACAAUCAUUGAACAUGGUGCACCUCUUGCAUGUACAUGUACAUGAUUGUACAUGAUAUCUCACAAUGCGACGGACUGUAAUCGCCUAUGCCAUGCCACAGUGCUGGCUGGGAUUUUCUCACUGCAAACUUUGCUGUGAGUCUUGUGACUGCCUUGAACGGGACAUGUCUAAAAUCUCAAUUUCAUCCGGAUCACGAGUUAACGGUUUAGUCUAGCUCUUUGAAGGUAAUUCAUUAUCUAGCUGUUUGUUUCUUCAUUUUAAUAUAAUUGUUCUUAUGAAUCUGA